UAAAAAUUUAGAGAUCGUCCAUGAUGGCGGCGGACCGGUCGACUGGGCAGACGGCAACCUUCGCCUUCACCCUUCCCAUAUCCUGUCAGAUUUGCCUCGGAAAGGUAAAGCAGCCAGUGGUGUGCCCGAACCAGCAUGUGUUCUGUCAGCAGUGUAUGGAUGUGUGGCUCAUGCACAACCAGCAGUGUCCAACAUGUCGGGUGGAGAUCAGCGUCAACAACCCCUGCAAGAGAGUCCUCGGAGGGCUGAGUGGAGGGGAGGAGAGCAGUGACAGGGACAGCUUUUCGACUAAGGAGGUCCGCAAGGCUAGGCUGGACGUCAUCUUCAACGAGUAUGAGAGAGAGAUUGACAGACUUCAGUCUGUUAUUGAAGACCUCCAUAGAAAAACAAGGGCCUACAACAGCAGGUGCCAAACCAAAUCGGCAUGUCUGGUGCAAAACCACAGAAAAACAAGGGCUCCGAUGUGGAUACCCUCUUGCAGCUUACGUCCAAACUGCAGGAUGCUACAUCAACAUACGAGGCUGUGGUGAGAGACAUGGCAAAGCUGAAAGAGGAAAAUUCUGUUCUAAGAGAGAAGAACUCAGACCUGAGUAGAAUGAAUGACCAGUUGAGGAUGGAACUAAACAAGAGAACCCCACAAAAGUAUGGGCGGUAUACUGUUGCAACUCUAGAAGCUAAGGUUGCUCAGUACGAGAAGGAAAACGCACAGUUUCACAGAGCUUUGGAAAGAAGUGACAAGUACACAGAAGAAUUGGAAAAACGGUUGCAAGACUGCAAGAAAAAACACAGUCUGCAGAAUGAGCAGAGAAUAUGCAAGGAAACUUCAAAAUUCAAAACACCAGAGCUUGACGAGGAGGAUAAAUGUCCAACAGAGAGGAAAUGGAACCAGGGGAAGCUUGACCAGUCCAGGGAACACCAGGUCUCUGUUUCCUCUAGUGAAAGAAGACACCUCCCUGAUCCCGAGCUCAGCCCCAUCUCCCGAACUCUGCAGUUCAUGAGGAAUCCAGCAGGGGGCAGUAAUGAUCUGGUGCCCAGCUGGCUUCGUACAGAUCAGAAUUGGCCAGAGGCUGAACCUAAGCAACCCGAGGCUAGUCCAAACCGGCAAGGCAACGGGGAUAGCUUCGUUUUAGAGCAGCCAAGUCCAUUGACCCCUGCAACUCACAUGAGGCACCUUUCCAUAGGGCACAAAUCUGAAAGCCUUUCUCAGAACAGAAUGGACACAGACACUUCCUACAAGAACGAAGACACUUACGGCAAGAGAACCGGAGAUCACAGUCACUCCAGCAGAUCUUCUAACAACUCUGGGAUAAAUGUUUCCAGUAAUCAACAUGGAGGAAGCUACGUAGCCAAUGACAGACCAGCAAGACUGCCGUCACCCGUUGGGCAGUCAGAAGGGUCUGUCACGAGUAGCGGAAAAGCAAGGCGUAAGUUGAACCUCGGGAAUGAUGGAGAGAGAGUCAAGAAGUCACUGUUUCCUCCAAGAGAAACGAACACAGAAGAACAGACUUUCAGCCGGUACACUUCUCAAGAAGCCAGGGAUGCCUCUAAUUCAUCCAGUAGUACUGGCAGCUGGACUGACAAAGCUUCUACUUCUAAUAAUUGGACAGACAAAGCUUCUACUUCUAACAAUUGGAAGCAGAACAGAAGUGGGAGCAGUGGGAAGAAAGAUGAUCUCCUCCUGGGCUCAAGAGAUAGAUCUGGACAGUUUACCAACAGACCCCAAAGUCUUUCCUCAGAGCAGUUGACAAAGAACUACAACGGUUUGAAUGAGAAGGGUAGGGAAACUAGCAUACUGCAAGGCCCUAGUAGACCAAGUACCUCUGCCAGUCUAAAUGGUCAAGAGGAUACGAAGAAAAGAGGGAAGUCCUUCCAGUGGCUGGCUGAGAGUCCCGAGGGAUCGGAUGAUGAAGACAGGGAGGUCGCCUCGACAACAGCCAACCAGUCGCUGCUCGACCUUGACAUCACCUUGACCCCAAACAUGAAGGACGUUUACAUGAUGAUGAAACAGGCUGAGAGGAGAGUAGGGGAGCGGAGAGAGGUUUGUGUAGACUUGUCCAAACAGCGACCCUCUUCACACGAUGGGCGUGGAACAGCAAAAGACUUUGAUGUUGGCAUGCCUCAAGAAACUUCCAGGCAGAAAACUGGCACACAUUUUGAACCCAAACCAAAGAUGCCUCGUUCAAGUUCAGCUCCCGUUUUAGAGAACACUGGCAGCGGAGGGAGUAUUUCUCAGAAGCCAGACGUUAAGAACGAAAGAAGAAGGAACAUGUCCCAGCUGCAGUCUACUUCAUUAUGGCAAAGCAGUAGCACCUGUGGAAGUACAACAAACAAUGUACAGGACUAUAACCAAAUGGUUGAACAAGAGGAUAAGACUUACACAACAGACAAAGACAAGCUGACCAGGAAUAGAAGCUGGGACCGAGAAUAUGCUGGAAGGCACACAGAGGCCAAUGCCAUAACACAUCCCUGGGCUUUCAGAGACUCCUCAAGUAGUUUCCAUACUGCCGAAGGUGACCAUACCUUCUCAAGAGGUAGAGUGACUCAAGGGCAAACUCAAGUCCGAGUGCCUGAAAUCAAAAAGCCUAUGCACCCUACUAUGUUUGAGUGCUUCGGAGAGGGACCUAGCAGUGAUAGGAGCACAGACUCUGAUGUAGGAAGGUCUCUGUCAGGGUACAGUGGAGUGCUGGAUAGAGAGAAUGAGGGAGAGAAUGUAAGGAAGAGAAAACCAAGAGAGUCAUACUUAUUGGCAAGUCCAUCAAAGUCUCCCAAAUGGAAGUGACUGACUGCAAUGCAUUUAGGCUAGUCUUUGAAAUUUACAAAAACUGAUUGCAGACCAGUUUGCAAAAAUGCAUUUGCACAUAAUUAU